AUGGUCCACUAGCUCUGGGAUUGCUCUAAUUGCUGACUCUUAUCUGAUCUGCAGUAACUAGAUCAAAUCUGUCUCAUGCGCUUUGAUUUUUUUGGGUCUAAUGAAGCAUGUCAGUCACACGGUUCUAUGCCGCACUUCAAGCUCGACAGAUGUAUGAGGUGCAGAUGAAUCAAGUGCAUUUCAUUCUCUUUGCGUCCAACAUACGAGCCAUCGGAACCCGUAACCUUAAUGGCUGCACGGCUGUCGCGAUUGUUUCGCCGUUUGCUGCGAUCCUCGCACACAUACCACCCCUGCCAUAUCCAACUACAGAUCCUUAUGUGGGGCUGGAUAACGUCCAAGCGAAAAUGGGAGAAGUUGCCUUCCUCUACCAGCAAAAUCGGAGAUUCUUUCCAUCGGAUCAAUCAUCUCUUGUUGUCGGGGCAAUAUUCGGCGGUGCUGUUGCGCUGUCUGACCAUCUGACCUGCAUAAGAGGUCUUGUGGAACAGAACGGGCUCACAGCUGAACUAGCUUUGUAUGAAGUCAACGGAGGUGGCCAUUUAGAUGCCGCCAAGGGGACUGUCUUUAUCGAUGCGAGACACGGGUCUCCGUCCGUCUAUAUUGAGGACCAGCAGGUGCAAAUGUAAAUACUUUGCAACCGACUUCAACUCGAUGUUAAUAGCUGCCAGCGUCAUUCGGCAUUU